UCUCUCUCUCUGCGUGUAUCUGGCAACCAACUACAACUACAAGCUCAUCAAUGGCGUCUCAGAUCUAAGAGUUUCACUUUGAAACUGUGAGUGUGAAGCUUUGUGCGAUAUUCAUCGAGGAAACGAUACCGUCUCGUUGCUUCCACAUGCAGAGACUGAGAGUAGCGUACUCGUUCCCUGAGGAGGUCCUCGAGCACGUGUUCUCAUUCAUUCACUGCGACAAGGACCGUGGCUCGAUCUCGCUGGUGUGCAAGUCGUGGUACGAGAUCGAGAGAUGGUGCAGGCGGAGGGUGUUCGUCGGAAACUGCUACGCCGUGAGUCCGGCGAAGGUGAUAAAGCGGUUUCCGGAGGUGAGAUCCAUCUCCCUGAAGGGGAAGCCGCACUUCGCGGACUUCAAUUUGGUUCCCGAAGGUUGGGGCGGUUACGUUUGCCCUUGGAUCAAGGCCAUGGCCGUUGCAUAUCCCUGGCUUCAAGAGAUCAAACUCAAGAGGAUGGUCAUCACCGACGACAACUUGGACCUCAUCGCUAAAUCCUUCAAGAACUUCGAGGUACUCGUGCUCACAUCAUGUGAGGGUUUCACUACCGAUGGACUUGCUGCCAUUGCCGCCAAUUGCAGGCUAGUUUACUUUUUUCAAUGAACGCGAGAAGGUUUUUGCAGUUCAAUAGGACGGCUUAAGAUAUUCUUAACAGUUGUUUUCAUCGGACUUUGACAGUGACUAAAUUCAAAUCCUUCUUUCUAACCAACUUGUGCACGGUAAAAUCUCCCUUUCAGAAAUAGUGUCAAAGCAGAACAUUCUUCGACAUGCAACCUUGCCUGAGAAGGGGGAAAAAAGAAAAAAAGAAGAAGAUAUAAACCUUCUGUAUAACCUUGGAACCAGUCGAAAACCUGAAAUGAUAGCACAAAUCUCUAUUAUAAUGAAUGAAGUAGUCUUACUCAAAAGUUUAAAUACUUUUUAUUUUAUU